CCCCUCUCCGGGAACUCUAGCGCCUACUCAGCGGCGGAAGUUCCGGUGUUGGUGAGCGGAGGUCAUAGGUCAGCAGGAAGUCGAUACGUGGCCGCCGCCUGUCCCCGCCGAGGAGGCGCAGUAGGCGGAGAUGGCGGCAGUGCUAAACGCAGAGCGACUCGAGGUCUCCGUCGACGGCCUCACGCUAAGCCCGGACCCGGAGGAACGAUCCGGCGCGGAGGGCGCCCCGCUGCUGCCACCGCCGCUGCCGCCGCCCUCGCCUCCAGGGUCCGGCAGGGGCCCGGGCACCGCAGGGGAGCAGCCGGAGCCUGGGGAGGCGGUGGCUGGGGGCGCGGCGGAGGAGGCGCGGCGGCUGGAGCAGCGGUGGGGCUUCGGCCUGGAGGAGCUAUACGGCCUGGCGCUGCGCUUCUUCAAAGAAAAAGAUGGCAAAGCAUUUCAUCCAACUUAUGAAGAAAAACUGAAACUUGUGGCACUGCAUAAGCAGGUUCUUAUGGGCCCGUAUAAUCCAGACACUUGUCCUGAGGUUGGAUUCUUUGAUGUGUUGGGGAAUGACAGGAGGAGAGAAUGGGCAGCCCUGGGAAACAUGUCUAAAGAGGAUGCCAUGGUAGAGUUCGUCAAGCUCCUGAAUAGGUGUUGCCAUCUCUUUUCCACAUAUGUUGCAUCCCACAAAAUAGAGAAGGAAGAGCAAGAAAAAAAAAGGAAGGAGGAGGAGGAGCGAAGGCGGCGUGAAGAGGAAGAACGGGAACGUCUGCAAAAGGAGGAAGAGAAACGUAGGAGAGAAGAAGAAGAAAGGCUCAGACGGGAGGAAGAGGAGAGGAGGCGGCUAGAAGAAGAGAGACUCCGGCUGGAGCAGCAAAAGCAGCAGAUAAUGGCAGCUUUAAACUCCCAGACUGCCGUGCAGUUCCAGCAGUAUGCAGCCCAACAGUAUCCAGGGAACUACGAACAGCAGCAGAUUCUCAUCCGCCAGUUGCAGGAGCAACACUAUCAGCAGUAUAUGCAGCAGUUGUAUCAAGUCCAGCUUGCACAGCAACAGGCAGCAUUACAGAAACAACAGGAAGUAGCAGUAUCUGGGGCUUCCUCUCCUACAUCAUCAAAAGUGAAUGCAACUACACCAAGUGAUAUGAUGUCAGUUAAUGGACAGGCCAAAACCCACACUGACAACACUGAAAAAGAGAUUGAACCAGAAGCCGCCGAAGAAGCCCUGGAGAACGGACCAAAAGAAUCUCUUCCAGUAAUCGCAGCUCCAUCCAUGUGGACACGACCCCAGAUCAAAGACUUUAAAGAGAAGAUUCGGCAGGAUGCGGAUUCCGUGAUCACAGUGGGCCGAGGAGAAGUAGUCACUGUUCGAGUACCCACCCAUGAAGAAGGAUCAUAUCUCUUUUGGGAAUUUGCUACAGACAAUUAUGACAUUGGGUUUGGGGUAUAUUUUGAAUGGACAGACUCUCCGAACACUGCUGUCAGCGUGCAUGUCAGUGAGUCCAGCGAUGACGACGAGGAGGAGGAAGAGAACAUCAGUUCUGAAGAGAAGGCCAAAAAGAAUGCCAACAAGCCCCUGCUGGAUGAGAUUGUGCCUGUGUACCGGCGGGACUGUCAUGAGGAGGUGUAUGCCGGCAGCCACCAAUAUCCAGGGAGAGGAGUCUACCUCCUCAAGUUUGACAACUCCUACUCUUUGUGGAGGUCAAAAUCAGUCUACUACAGAGUCUAUUAUACUAGAUAAAGAUGUUACAGAGUCUGGAGUCUAGGGUUGAGCGGAAGAUGGCAUUUAAUUUGGAAAUUUCUUUGACUUUCGUGGAGCAUUGCAGUCAGUGUUUACCCUAUUGAUUUUGGUCUGAUGGUUUGGGACUCUUGCUGGGAAUCAGGAUUUCCUUGAAACUCUCGAGCAUUAGUACUUUGGGGUUAAAGGGACUCCUCAGACUCAUCCAGCCCUUCGGUGCUGACCAGCAGAGUCAUGAGUGGAUGCUGAUGUUACACGAGCUACAUGUUAAAUCUUUUAAAGUCUCCAAAAUAAAACAGCUCAACGUUGACCCCACCUGGCUGAUGGUUAGUCCAUUGCUGCCUGCUCUAUGUGUUUUCUGAGAGCCCAUAGUUACUUUACAGUGCCCUCUGAUUUGAAAUCCUGUAAUAGUCUACAUGAGGUACAUCUUACUUUCAUUGAAGGUCACCAUUUUUGAAACUUAAGAUGUCACAGAUUAUAAUAGAAAAGAAAUUGCCUCAAUUUGAUCUUAUUCUGAAUGACCCAGAUUGUUUUGCUUUGGGUACGGCUGUUUAGUUCAGAGCUAUGUUACAGAUAAUUAUUUUCUGAAUAAUGUUAAUAUAGAAUGUUCAAACCUAAUUGAUAAUUGAAGUAUCAAGACACAUAGAACACUGAAAACAUCCAUCUUAGCAAGCCUCCACAAACCCUUGGCCCUUUUCUCCUCAUCUGGUAUUUAUACUACCAGUAGCAAAGCAAAAAAGUAAUUCAUUUUUGUCUUGAUUUAGCUUUAUAGAGCAUCUCAAAUUGAAACUGUUUUCUACACAAGCAUAUAGUUAGGGAUUUUGUAAACAAAUUGGCACCUACUGAAUUAAAAUAUAUAAGGUCAUUUAAAUAUAAUUCAGUGUAUGGUGAAUAACGUUGCACUAAUAUGGAAAUCACUGCCAGAGAUAGUCCAUUUUCUUUUGAUUUGAUACUACUUAGGCACAUAUCCUACAUGAUCCCAGUUGGGAAUUACUUAAUAGAAAGAAUUGGAAAUGCAUAUGGCCAUGCUUAAAUUUUUUUAUAGCUUUAAUCUGUAUUAUGUCUUCAUUGAUGGAAGGAGGUACAUCUUUGUUUUCCUUACUGGAAACAGAUAUGGAUUAAUUGCCUCAAAAUUUGUGUAAGUGAUUGACUAGUCUAGAGAUUCUUGUUUUCAGAAGGAUGGUAUAGAUAGAAAAUUACAAAGAUGGCAUUAUACACACAAUGUUGUUAUUAUAUGUUACUGAGAUACUUAGAUUUUUAAAAUUUUUGAUCAUAAAUCACUUCUUGUAGGAGGGUUUGUUUCCAUUGAUUAGCUGCAGUGUAUACAGUUCACUACAUAAGGGGCUGUUUGUUUUUUGUGUGCUGCAUUUUUUUUUUCUGUUUUUUUAAUACCUGGUUUUGUACAUAUCUAACUCUUUUCCUCUUUUGGUUAUUCGGAAACUGGAUUAUUUUCUCCUAAGCAGUGCUUAAUUUGCGUUUUUUUAAUUUCGAUUCAGUAGCCCCAGCUAAUAGGUGUUCAUUCUGUUACAUUCAGAAGGUUUGCCACAUUGUCCAUCAGAUCUCGUGUAUAUGGUAUAGAAACCAUGGGGUUAGGCACCUCCUGGCAUUUUUUUUUUUUUUUAUGAGAAAAUACUGUAUUUAAAAUGUAAAAUAAACUUUUAAAAAGCAGGCACUAAUAUAUAUUUCUUCCAGCCUUUGAUUACAGAUUUGUCCUUGCACAUGUUAAGAUGAAUUAUUCUCUAAAAAUAUUGUUCCUGGGAGCAGUGUAUGUUACUUCACAUAGCAGCAAUUCCUGUCACAUGUUCAUGUCAGAACAUUUUUGGUUUUAAACUUUUUUUAUUGCCUUUGGCUGUUGAAUAGAAUAUUACAAGUGCGAUUUCCAAAAGAUCUUGAAAAUAAUAUAUUUAAUCAAUUAAAAUGUUUAUCUGUAA